AAACCUAAACCUACGAAGCAAGGGUUUUUCUUUUUUCUCUGCAGAAAAUUUCUCCCCCUCGGUCACCAUGCCGCAAGGAGAUUAUAUCGACCUUCACCGCAAGCGGCAUGGCUAUCGCCAUGAUCACUUCGAGCGAAAGAGAAAAAAGGAAGCUCGUGAAGUUCACAAGCAAUCUUCUAUUGCUCAGAAGGCCUUGGGUAUCAAGGGUAAGAUGUUUGCGAAGAAACGGUAUGCCGAGAAGGCUUUAAUGAAGAAAACGCUGGCUAUGCAUGAAGAAUCAUCAAGUAGGCGUAAGGUGGAUGAUGAGGUUCAUGAAGGAGCUGUUCCUGCUUAUCUUCUGGAUCGUGAAACAACAACAAGGGCAAAGGUCCUGAGCAACACUAUUAAGCAAAAGAGGAAAGAGAAAGCCGGUAAAUGGGAUGUUCCACUACCUAAGGUGAGACCUGUGGCUGAAGAUGAGAUGUUUAGGGUUGUCAGGACUGGUAAACGUAAAACAAAGCAAUGGAAGAGGAUGGUAACCAAGGCCACAUUCGUGGGGCCUAGUUUUACAAGGAAGCCUCCAAAGUACGAGCGAUUCAUUCGCCCGACAGGCUUGCGGUUUACCAAAGCCCAUGUUACACACCCUGAGCUGAAGUGCACAUUUAACCUAGAGAUAAUAGGAGUGAAGAAAAAUCCCAAUGGUCAGAUGUACACUUCUUUGGGUGUUAUCACCAGGGGAACUGUCAUUGAGGUGAAUGUUAGUGAACUUGGUCUGGUUACUCCAGCUGGGAAAGUUGUGUGGGGAAAAUAAGCUCAAGUUACAAAUAACCCAGAGAAUGAUGGUUGUAUCAAUGCUGUUCUGCUUGUCUAGAAGAGUUUUUUUACGCUUUGUACCCUUGUGCCCUUAUAGAGAACUUUUGUAACAUGAGAGCAGUCCAAACUGUACUGAACAAUACAGAUUCUCCUGUUCCAGUUCAAAAAGUGGUUGUGCAAGGGACAGAUCC